GGCACUCACUCAGCGCUCUCCUAUCCCCCAUAACCUUUCAAUUCUAGCCUAGCACAUUUCCGAAUCCUAUCUAAACAUUUCUCGGUGUCUUUCCCCGCCUGGCGACCAUCACGUGUUUCUUACCCGUUGGCGAGCCAGCUCAUUACAAAAUGAUGUCCGGCGAGAAGCGACCUGCUCAAGAGGCCUUCGGGUCCUCCAACCAGCUAGUCGUCAAGCGAAAGAAGUCCGAUGCUGGUAUCGAUAACAGUGCAGCUGUGGUCAAGGGCUCUUCGCAAAACGGGGCUCUCGUGCAAGCAGUUCCCCGCACCAGCGGGCUCCAGGCCCCAAUCAUGGAAUUGACAGGUAGGCUUGCGCGGAGGGUAGGCAAUUUCCUGUCGGUUAACAUAUAUAUAUCAGGUCAUUCUGGCGAGGUUUUCUCUGUACGAUUUGAUCCAACGGGUCAGCACAUUGCUUCAGGAUCGAUGGACAGAUCAAUCUUACUCUGGAAUACUUACGGAGAAUGUGAGAAUUAUGGCGCAUUGUCGGGUCAUCGGGGCGCUAUUCGUGAUCUUCAAUGGUCUCGAGACUCCAAGACGAUAUUCUCCGCAUCGACAGACAUGACGCUUGCCAGCUGGGACCUAGAAACAGGUCAAAGGAUCCGACGACACGUGGGCCAUGAAGAUUAUAUCAAUUGUCUUGAUAUCAGCAAAAGAGGCCAGGAGUUACUGGUUAGCGCUAGCAAUGAUGGCAGCAUAGGUAUCUGGGAUCCUCGGCAGAAAGACGCUAUCGAUUGUUUGGAAACCGAACUUCCUAUCACUGCGGUGGCCCUCUCCGAGGCUGGAAACGAGAUAUUCAGUGGUGGUAUCGACAACGCCAUUCAUGCUUGGGAUCUUCGAAAGAAAAGUAUUGUAUAUUCCUUAACAGGACACACGCACACCAUCACCUCGCUCGAACUAUCCCCAGACUCGCAAUCGCUUCUCUCCAACUCUUUCGACUCUACUGUACGGACGUGGGACGUUCGGCCAUUCGCACCAACCAAUCGACACAUUCGAACUUUCGAUGGCGCCCCAGUUGGUCUGGAAGAGAAUUUAAUUCGGGCCAGUUGGGACGCGACGGGUGAGAAGAUCGCCACCGGAAGCGGUGACCGAAGUGUUGUCGUGUGGAACUCUAAGAGCGGAAAGCUCCUAUACAAAUUACCAGGACAUAAGGGAACUGUUAAUGAUGUUCGGUUUUCACCGAACAACGAGCCCAUCAUUGUGUCCGGGUCAUCUGAUCGCACUCUUCUGCUCGGCGAACUCGGCAAGUGAACUUGUCUUCGGGGCUAUGUCAGACAUCUAGCGAUGUAAUCAACGUCACGGUACCGCAUAAGAAGCGACUGGAAUAUACCACGCUCACCAUUUCAAGCUCAACUCUCCGGGGGUUCGUGUGGCUCUGGAUCAUGAUGGUCACAGCAGCACGUCCAAGCGAGGUCUGGGCCAUCCUAGGCAAGGAGAGUUACUUGAAUAAUCAAGAACGAGGAUUGAAAUGCGCAUGACAGC